CACAACCAAACGACACCCAUCAUAGCGUUGCACUUCCCGGAGGCGUCAAAGGGAGGAAUACAAUGCACAGGCCUCAAAGAGAGAGCUUUGUCAUACACGUAAGAAGCUCUGCUGUCUCUCCCACCACCAACUUCAUAAACUUUUCAGCAAUGAAGCUCUUCGAUCGUUUCCGUAAGAUUCUCAUGCGCCUCUUGUUUUCGCUCCCUUCUCGUGGCUCUUCGUCGUCUGCAUCCGGAAGGCAGAAAAACUGCGACGGAUUCGAGCCGCCCAAGACUUCAUGCAGCUCAUAUUACUCGUCCCACUCGCAUUACAACGAGGCCAUCGCCGACUGCAUUGAGUUCUUCAACAAGUCGUCGCAGGACGGCGGGGUUCUGGAUGGUCGGAAAUCCGAUGUUAUUGUUUGACAUCAUAUGCCGUAAUCAAAUCAUGUCGAUCCUCCAUGUUUCAGGUUUCUUGCUUUAUAUCUUGCUUAUUCAUACGGCAAAAUGGGAAAUAUGAGUUCAGUG